AGAAGUCUAGUUAUAGGACAAAAAACUUAAUGUAGUGUUUGUGUUUGUUUACAUUUUACAUAACACUGCACUAACGAUUGUUGUCAUCAAUGAGCACGACUGCUUCAAAUGUUGCCGCCAAAACUGCAAUCCUUCUUAAACAUCGCACCCUUUCAACUGUUACGUUCUCUCCUCCUUCCCUAACAUUCCUCGCCGACAAUUCCACCACCAUAGAACACCUCAAACAGGUUCACGCCCAAAUGAUCGUUUCAUCUCGCAUCAACGAUGAUUUCGCUGCAAGCCGUUUAUUCUCCUCAUUCGCACUUUCCCCUUUUGGAAACCUCACUCACGCUUCCAGAAUCUUCUCUUCUAUACACAAACCCAAUUCCUUCAUGUGGAACACUCUCAUCCGCGCCCAACAACAUCCCCACAAUUCUAUCUCCCUUUACAUCUCUAUGCGUACACUUGGUGUCUUGCCAGGUAAACACACUUUUCCUUUUCUCCUCAAAGCUUGUUCUUCACUCUCCAAUCCCUUGCUACCUUGUAAACAGGUCCACACACACGUGCUUAAAUUCGGGCUCGACUUAGAUUCUCACGUCGCUAACGGUUUGGUGCGAGGUUAUUCUGUUUCUGGUGAUUUGGUUGAUGCCCGUCAUGUGUUUGAUGAAAUUCUGAUGAAAAAUUUGAGUCUUUGGACCACCAUGAUUUGUGGGUAUGCUCAGAAUUUUUGUCACAACGAGGCUUUGGAUCUUUUCGAGGGGAUGAUUGCUCUUGGGUUUGAGCCUAAUGGUGCUACCUUGGCUUCAGUAUUGUCGGCUUGUGCGCGGUCUGGAUGUCUCGAGCUUGGGGAAAGGAUUCAUGAGUUUAUGAGAGUGAAAGGGGUUGAAGUGGGCGUUAUUCUUGGGACGGCAUUGGUUUAUAUGUACGCCAAGAAUGGGUCAAUUUUGACCGCAAGGAAGUUGUUUGAUGAAAUGCUUGAGAGGAAUGUUGUUACUUGGAAUGCUAUGAUAUGCGGUUUAGCUUCUCAUGGACACGUUGAAGAUGCUAUUAGUUUAUUUGAGAGUAUGAAAAAGGAUGGGGUUGUUGUUCCUAAUGAUGUUACAUUCAUUGGGGUUUUAUCUGCGUGUUGUCAUGCAGGUUUGAUUGGUGUCGGUCGCGAAGUGUUUUGCUCAAUGAAGGAUGUGCAUGGAAUUGAACCGAAGAUUGAGCACUAUGGGUGCAUGGUUGAUCUUCUUGGGAGAGGAGGUAAGUUGUUGGAGGCAGAGGAAAUGAUAAAAAGGAUGCCGUGGAAACCUGAUGUGGUUAUUUUGGGAUCUUUGCUGGCAGCUAGCAAGAAUAAUGGAAACACUGAGGUUGCUGAAAGAGUAGUGAAAGAAAUUCUUACUCUAGAACCUCAUAAUCAUGGAGCUCGUGUUGCUUUGUCGAACAUGUACGCAGAGGCUGGACAAUGGCAAGAAGUUUUGAGACUGAGGAAGACGAUGAAAGAAGAGAAACUCAAGAAAGCUCCAGGAUGGAGUCUUGUUGCCACUUAAUUGACUUUCUGACAUGGCUUGUAUGUGGCAGAUACUUAUCAUAUUUGGAGAAGAGUUGAAUAUUUGAUUGUUACAAAAAAGGUGAGGGAUUGAUUUAGUAUCAUCUAAACUUACUCAAUGCAACUAUAAACUGAUUUAAACAUCUUGCUCAACCAUUUCCGCGGUUCCGUAAAUAGUUAAGGUGCUUACUGAAGAAAUGGUUCUACUCUGUUUCUUUAUAAAUGAAGUUGUAUCCUAACAAUUUGGCAAGUGACCGAUUUUUCCUUCACUGUUGCAUGCAAAUAAUUGUUUUGCUGGAGUCCAACGGUCAUUUAUGCAAAAGCAGUUGAUAAGUGCCCCUUCUGUCAGCUGAGGAAUUCACGAGGUUGCCAUUGCUAAUCAAUCCCCAAUUUUGCCUGCAAUUGAUGGACCUGUGUUUCUGCAGCAUAUAUGCAGAUACUCUUGUGUGUCAAACACCAACCCUGUGAGACCUCAAGCCACCACAUUGACAUUGUUUCCCUUCGGUUACUUUUGCUUACUAUAUGGGUGUUGGUAUAUCUGAAUUGAAUUUCCACUGUUCUGAAAAUAGUUAAGGUGCUUACUGAAGAAGUGGUUCCACACUGCGCUUUAUGAUGAAGUUGUAUCCUAACAAUUCGGCAAGUGACCGAUUUUUCCUUUUGCUGUUGCAAGCACAUAAUUAUGUUGCUGGAGCCCAACGGUUAUUUAUACAAAAGCAGUUAUAUGUCAAUGAUACUAGUACUACAUGUUGAAGCCCCUUCUGUCAGCUUAGAAACUCACGGGGUUGCCAUUGCUAAUCAUUCCUCAGUUCUGCCUGCAAUUGAUGGGCCUAAAGUAUAAUUCUUAAAAACUUUAUCAGCAUAUAUGCAGAUACUCAGUGAAGCAACAUUAUAAUAUGAAAGCAUGAAAGAGCUACAUUAAUCAAUUGAGUAGAUGAGAUGGAAUUAGAAAUUGGCAUGCUGUCUCUUAGUUCAGCAGAUAUAUCAGAGUUCAAUCCUUGUCUUAGCUUGUGAUUAUUGACAUGCAUCUUCUCAAUGUUGCAGACCCGAUUUUUCUGGUUUUGCUGGUGGAGGAGACAUGGGGUUUCUGAUUUCAUUUCAUGCUGUCAAUUAUUUUGGUUAUCUAUUUAUUGAUGCUUUGUAUUUGAACUAUUAAAGUCCUCAUGAGUUUGUUUUGAUCUGAAAUGGGGCUGGGUCUUGAUAUGGUUGCAUAUAGGAGCUUGUGGAACACUACAAAUGAAGAGUUUUUAGGGUUUCCAUUCAAUUUAAUGUUUCAGAUGGGCUUGAUUGAUUGGUAUUUAUCUCUAUGUUGGUUUGUACAUUUAAGGUCUUGUGAUGUGAGUGGUGAUUGAGCUGUCAGCUGCUCAUGGAUUACUGCUUUAUUUGUGGGCUGUGAUAGGGAAGAUUUUGACGUUGCACCCCACACUUUGAAGUGACCAGGUGUAUUCUUUAUCCCUAUCAAUGCUACAUCCACUAAAUCAGUUAUGUUUUUGCUAUAACGGUUAUUUGGUCACUCAUAUUAUAUGUACUUGUUUAGAUAAGUAUCGUUGAAUGGUCAUUUAGGAGAAUUUGUUUUAGAGUCGUGUUCGAUCUGAAUAUUAGUUUGAAUUUCAAGGAUUGUGACGAGCCAUCGUUGGUGUGCGACUUCAUAAGAUAAACUAUUACAGAAAGGAGCCUGCUGAGUUUCUGGACAUAAGGAUGAAGGAUCAUAUCACAGCAAAUUCUACCUUCACAAUCUCUUGGACCAUUAAAUAUUCUCAAGAAUUUGAAAAGGAGUCAAAUAGGAAAUUUGUCUGGUACCCUCUUAUUCCUACUCCCUUCAAUGAAGGAGAAUCAGGUAAUAUUAACGGUGAUUGAAAUUUAAUGACAGCAGUAUCCCCAAGAAAAGAAAACCUUAAGUCAAAUAUCCGAAUUAUACACAAUUGUCUAUUCAAACACUAGUUGUUUUCCAAUAAAACGCUGCAAGCUUGAGCUACAGUGGGUGUAUAUAAAACAAGAUUAACUUAGAUUUGACUAUUGAUGGCCUGUAACAUAUAGGUACGAGACAUAUUUCAUGUACAAGCAAGCUCAUAGAUGAAAAGAGAUUCAUGUUGAUAAAAAUAAAAGUGAAGUGAAUAUAGUGAUAGAAUGCCAAUUAAUAUAGCUGUUUUAUUAUAUUGUAUAGGAUUCCAAUUGCAUUAUUGUUGACAUUUAUUUAGACAAACAGGUUCACCACAUUAUAAUCUAGAGAGUGGAUUUCACCAUGUUAAACUCCAAACUUGAUCUUUCUAGAACUCGGAAAAGCAUGACGUGGACUUGGUGCGGGAAAAUCAUGGUUUGAUGUUUGUGGAAGUGGGAUAUU